CUCGCGCGCUGCCCCGGGAGCCGCGUUCCGCCGGGAGCAGGCGCUCACGCCUAGCAGGGGUUUCAGUUUCUGGCGCGAACUUCCGCCGUUCCGAAGUUGCACCGCAAAUUGGCGCUAUGUCGGGGGAUAGUAGCGGCCACCGGCCGGAGGGCCGGGGCCGGGGUCGCGACCCGCACCAGGACCGCACCCGCUCUCGCUCUCGAUCUCGUUCCCCGCUGUCCCGCCGGGGCGCCAAGGAACGCAGUGAGGCCCCAGAGGGCCCGAGCUUGGAGGAGGGAGACCCGUCGGAUUCUGGGGACGAGAUGCUGGACCCGGCCACCCUGGAGGCCGAGACGGACCUUGGCCUGUGCCGCCAGAUUCGCCAUCAGUACCGCGCCCUCAUCAACUCGGUCCAACAAAACCGGGAGGAUAUACUUAAUGCCAGCGACAAGUUAACAGAGGUCCUUGAAGAGGCGAACACGCUAUUUAAUGGAGUGUCCCGAGCAAGAGAAGCAGUCCUAGAUGCCCAGUUUCUUGUUCUGGCUUCAGAUUUGGGCAAAGAAAAAGCAAAGAAGCUACGCUCUGAUCUCAGUUCAUUUGAUAUGUUAAGAUAUGUUGAAACUCUACUGACACAUAUGGGUGUAAAUCCGCUAGAAGCUGAAGAACUCAUCCGUGAUGAAGAUAGUUCUGAUUUUGAAUUCAUAGUCUAUGACUCCUGGAAAAUAUCAGGCAAAACAGCAGAAAACACCUUUAAUAAAACCCAUACAUUCCACUUUCUGUUGGGUUCAAUACAAGGAGAGUCGCCUGUGCCAAAGCCACGAAUCGAUCGCCCAAAAAAAGCUCGGGUGAUACAAGAAGAGACGACAAUGCCGGCUCAGUUAAAAAGCAUGGGAGAAUCUCAUCAAGAAGCAACAGAAAAAGAAGUAGAAAGAAUCUUGGGAUUAUUGCAGACGUAUUUUCGAGAAGAUCCUGAUACUCCAAUAUCCUUUUUUGACUUUGUGAUUGAUCCACAUUCUUUCUCCCGUACGGUGGAAAACAUGUUUCAUGUCUCCUUCAUUAUACGGGAUGGUUUUGCAAGAAUAAGACUUGAUCAAGACCGAUUGCCAGUAAUAGAGCCUGCUAAUGAAGAAACUGAGGGAAUUGACCAUAACACCCAAGUUAGGAAUCAAGCAGUUAUAUCUUUGAGUUAUCGUGACUGGGAGGAGAUUGUGAAGACCUUUGAGAUUUCUGAGCCUUUGAUUCCUCCAGCUCAGAGCAGGCAGAGGCUGAGUGCUUGAUGCCAGCUGAAGGACUCAGUUGGAUAGUGAAAUCCAAAAAGGAAAGCAGCGUGUAUUGUAUAUAGUGUAUGAUUAGACAUUUUUAAAGACAGGUUGUUUUUAGUAAAAUGUAGCUUUUAAUAGUUAAUAAAAUUUGUCAUGGUUGUCUUUGAGUAAAAGAAAUUUACUGUAAUAUUCACAAGUAAUUGUACUUUUAUUUUAUUCUAUUUUCUUGUCAUGAGAGAAUUUCUCCUUUUUCCAAAGCUGUCCCAUUGAGAAGUUUUACUUAGAUCGUUAAUGCCCUAUGGAUCAUUAUAAUUCUUUUUAUGUGUCUUUAGCUGUAAAGUUAGCUGGCCAGGUCAACAAAUAGGUUAUACCAUUUGAAAUUGUUGUUGUUGUUGUUUCUGGUAUCGGGGAUCAAACUCGGGACCUUGUGCUUGUGAGGCAGGCAGCAGCACCACUGUGCUAAAUCCCCUGCCCCAAAAUUGUUGUUUUUGAAGGUUAAAAUUGAUCAAAUAUCAGUAGUUUCUUAUGGUUCAGCCUGUGACUUACAUGCAAGGAACUAUUAAAUCCUCUGGCAAGCUAGGCCGGACUACUUUCCUCAGCACGAGCCUGGAUCCAUCCUGCUGCAUGCUGCUUCAUGCUUCUGAUCUCUGCUGGGUUUUAAAGUCUGCCCUUGAUGUUUUCUGAGGUUCUUUCUCUCAUUCCUUAGCUUUCUUAAUUUUAUCCUUUCUCACUCCUCUCUGAUAUCUAGGGUAGCAGUGUCUUUUCUGUGGAUUCUAUCUCUUCUAGGAGACUGUUCUCUGUCAUCCCCUGUAGCCAUAUCUGGUGUUUUUCCUUCAAUCAUGCUCACCUCCCAUCUUAAAAAAUAGUUAAUUGUUGUUGGGUGUGGCAGUUCAUGUGUCUAAUCCCAGCACACUGGGAAGCCGAGGCAAGAGAAUAAAUAGUAAGUUGGAGCCCAGCCUGGGCAAUUUACUGAGCAAGACCUCAGUCGAAAAAAAUAAAAAAAAUGGUGUUAGGGAUGCAGCUUAAGGUGAACGGCCUUGGUUCAAUCCCCAGGACCACCAAGAAAAAAAAAAAAAAAAAAAAGUUAAGACCUUCAUCAAGC